AUGUUUAUCUUUAUUUUAAUAGCCAUUUUUUUUCUUACGCCCUUAUCAACAAAAUCUAAUACUUUAACCGAUACAGAGGAACGACAUUGUAACUUUUCUAGAUACAUGUUAAAUUAUUUUAAAUAUAAUGAAAGAUAUUUAUUGUAUCUAGAAGCAAAUAUUGAUAAAAUAUCCGAUGAAGAUUUGAUAAAAUAUGGCGAAGCUCUUCAAACUCAUUGUGAUGUCAUUUUAUUUAUGAUUGAAGAUUUGGUGAUGUUGAACAUUAAAUUUUUUCCAACAGAUUUGAUGGCAAUAAAUUUAUACUUAAAUAAUGUUUUUGGAUCGGUGAAUGUGAUUUCUGCAAACAAUAAAAUAAGCGAUAAAAAAUACUUAAGAAUUCAAGGCUACAAAAUUCUUCAUUACAAUUUACUAAAUUAUUUAAACCAACACUUAAAUAAUUACUGUCUUGCGGUAAAAUUUGCAUCAUUUACAAAAUAUUUCACAGACAUGGAUGUUCCUGAUCAAUUAAAUGUUCAACAAUUGAUUUCAGCAUUAGAAAAUCCCAAGAAAAAAAUUAUUAUGGAAAUAAAUCCAGAAGUCAUAAAAAAUAAAAAUAAUCUGGUGUUUAUUCCAAAAAUAUUAAUAUUUUAUGAUUUACUUACAUAUCAGCCAAUUGAUGAUGAAAAACAUAUUAUGAAUAAAUCUCAAGCUAGACAAUAUCAACAGUUUAUAAAUGGUGAACCAAAAGACUACUUAGAUUUGCUUCGCUUUACUCCACUUAAUAGGAAAUGUAGUGAUGGAACUGAUUUGACAAUAUCUGAUGUAUUUCGAUAUAUUAAAUACCAAUUUUCGUACCAUGAUAUGAGAGCUUUUCAAAAGCUAGUUAUUCUAGCUACUUUUCAUCCAGUUGGUGUAUUAAUAGGAAAUUACAUUAAAUUUUCCAUUGACGUAAUUCAUAACUAUUAUAAUACACAUGAUUAUAAAAUUACUAUACUGCCAUCUAUCAAAACUUUGGGCCAAGAUGUGUCAAAAAUUUUGAGUUCGUACAAAAAGUUAAACCUUUUUAAUGAUCUAGCAAAUAAUUUUCUUAGUCGUAUUUUGGAUAUGUUGAAUAAUUUUUUACAGAGAUGUGUUGUGAACCUCCCAAUGCAUAAUAAAAAUUUACUCAACUCUAUGAUUGCGUCUUUACAAAUUUUUUUGGAAAACAAUUUUUUGAAAUUCGAGAUAAAAUCAGCAAAAUUUAUUAAAAAAAAAAAUUUUAGUGAAAAAUAUGAAUCGAUACUUCAUAGGAAGAAUCAAGUAGAAUUAUAUUUAAUUGAAUUGGAAAAGAAGAUGUAUUAUAUACCAGAAAUAAAUUUAAAACAUCAAAGAAAAAUGAACCUUACAAAAUUUAAAUACUUUUUAGAUGAUGCCACUGUAGAACAUUUGUGUAAAAAUGAUGCGUACAAUUUCAUUGACAAAAUUAAUGAAAAUUUAAAAAAUACGGAAAUUAGUGAGGACAAAAAUAACAAAUUAAAUAGUAGCAGUUCUAAUAAUAUUGGUAAGGUAUGGAAAACUCCAAGUUCCGUUGAUAAUAAAAAAUAUGAACGUUGUAAAGAUGCUAACCUCAGGAAUGAAGAUAUUAAUAGUAACAAUAGAAUUAAGUUAAUAGCUGAGUCAAAAUAUUUUCCAAAAUACAUGGUGGAUUAUUUACUUUUUGCAGAGUAAUUUUCGGCUAUUAAAGAAUGAUUUAAAUACAUGUA